ACCACAACCUCUGCAGUGCAUCUUGCCUCGACGCCAACAACACUACCCACAGACCUUGAUUAGGCUGUACCUACGCUCACGAUGAUACGCUGUCCACGUUGUGCGCAGCAACGAUCUUCAAGCAAGUUCAUGCAAGGUCACAGCCCUCGCACGAACGACAAGAAACUUCCCUGAAGUCCACUCGUGUCAAUUCCAUCCACAUCCCCCAGAAGCGGGUGUCAUUUCGAGGAUGAUUGACGAAUUCCUGGCCGUUGUGGAUUCUCUUUCAGAGUCCCGUGGAAUCGAAUUGCAGACAAUGGCUGAUUUAUCAUUUCCUCGUGUUUGCGUACGGCAGGUCAUCGAUGCUGGGUCUGGAACAUGCAAAGAAGGAUGUCGGUGUGAUCGAUACACUGACUACAUUGGGGACCUGCUGCAGACGCAGGGGAUGAUGGGCCUCAGGUCGUCUUUCCGUCCCUUGUCGGACAUCUUGAGCAGGCUAGGGUUGGAGUGCAGGUCCAAGAUACUCGUAUUAGCUACGAAGCUCGAGCUAAACACGACAUCCUUCGUCUGCGAAAUCCAAAGAAGAAACUCUGUCGUGCCGCUUGGGAUUUUGAAAAAGAAGUGGCGAAUCCCUCGAUUGAGGAGAGACACGAGUUGCCUGACGGUCGGAUUAUUACUGUUAGCGACGAAAAAUAACGUCCAUCUUGGUUCUGUAGGAUACUGAAGACCUAGCGAACAGCAUCGACGUGUGUGAUGUUAGUCGGUAAAUGAUGAAUGCACCGUUCUGGAGGUGGCGCCGUCACCCACCACACGUCCAAAUCCAUACACAAAGCUCAGAAGACCUCCAGCAUUGCUCGCUCCUCAAACAAGAAUGAAUCUUGUAUUCCUCGCCGUUUAUUUGAGUGGAUCAGUAGGAUGAGAUUCCAUGGCAAUGAGGCAGUGGUGUGCCCUAAAACGGAGUUUAUGAUUGGGAGCUCACUUUGUAGUAUGUACUUCAAUUGAUCCGUAAACAGGG